AUGAAUAGAAUAUUCGGAUAUGGUAAUCGCAAGACGCACGAGCAGAUGAUGCUGGAUUCAUCUAAAGCUAUCGAUCAGGCUCAGAGCGGUCUUGCUGGACGUGUAUCGCAACUUGACACGCAGAUCUCACAGCUUAAUUUCCAACUAUCAACACUACAAAAAAAGAUAAGUAAUACAAAGUCGACUAUGGGCCAAAAACCCCUAAGGCAACGGGCACUAAAGCUUUUGAACAAGAGGAAACAACUUGAAGCGAUGAGAGACCAACUCGAUUCUCAAUCAUGGUCUAUGUCCCAAGUUCAAAUGACUACAGACAACUUGAAAAACACAAUGGUUACCGUAAAUGCAUUGAAGCAAACGAAUCAAGCGUUGAAACAGCAAUACAGUAAAAUUAAUAUUGACAAAAUUCAGGAUAUGCAAGAUGAAAUGAUGGACUUAAUAGAGCAAGGAGACGAGCUCCAAGAAGUAUUAGCUAUGCAAAACCAAGAUAUCGAUGAUAUUAGUGAAAGUGAGCUAGAUGCGGAACUUGAGGCUCUUGGGGAAGAAGACCUUAUGGAAGAUCUCGACUUGAACGACGCUGAAGCAAAUGGGGAGUUACCAUCCUAUUUAAACAAUGCUAUGCCUCAAUUUGUUGAUGAUGAACCAAUAGAGGACAAACCAGCUCUUGAAACUGCUAAUUAG